AUGUCUGCUCCGAAACGGCCCGCUCCUACGCAGUGCGUGAACCGGCAGCCUCCCGAAAUCUACUCUUGGGAUGCUUCGCAAGUCGGGGACUUCCUGACGACGCUCUCGCUCGAUCGCUGGAAGCCACUUUUCGAAGAGGUGGACGGGGCAACAUUGUCCCAACUGUCAGAGGAUGAGCUGAAAGAGAUCGGGUGCACUGAGCUGCUUCCGCGCAAGAAGCUGAUGGGACACAUCGCCAAGCAGAAGUUCCUGGCCGAGCCUCCGGCAUCCGCGGAGGUAGGCGACGAUGUUGAGAUGGUGGAUCCGGCCGAAGAGCCGGAGCUCCCGGAGCCCUCCGGGAGGAGCGCGGAGGAUGCCACGCUGUCCGCGAUGGCCGCGGAGCGCGGGAUGCUGGCGGAGCUCCGCGGGAAGCUUCAGCAGGCGCUGCAGGACUUGCGUGGGAGCCUGGAGGAGGCCAAGCCUGUGGCUGGUUUGGCCAUGGAUCUGGCGAAGGAGUGCCUCGAUAAGAUCUCCGCGGCCCAUGAGGCGGCCGAGGCGAAGCCCGUCCAUGUGCCGCUCUUCGGGAACACCGGUGCCGGUAAGAGCACCCUCUUGAACGCGGUGCUGUGCCAGGAGACCGUUCCCACCUCGGGGUGGCGCUCCUGCACGGCGGUCCCCGUUGAGCUGGUGCCGGAGCCCGGGGCGGUGGAGUUCAGGGGCGAGGUCCAUCUGAAGAGCCCGGAGGCUUGGAGGCUCGAGGUGGAGGCCUUACUGAACGACCUGCUCAUGUCGGACCGCACCCGGAUCUCCCGCCGGGAGCCUGUGCGAGGUGGGGAGCCGACCCCGGCAGCCGUGGCCUUCGACACCCUCGUCGCCGUCUACCCGGAAGCCUUCGAAGAAACCCGUCCAUGGCCAGACAAGAGGGCCGCCCAAAGGCAUCUGGAGCGCACGGACAACCGCGUCACCCGGCAGCACCGGCAGUCGCAGGUGCUUCGCUUCUCGAACGCCCGCAGCCUGGAGCUCACCAGUGAAAUCCUGGACUACGUGGACAGCCCGGAUGGCGAGUAUGUUGCAGCUUUCUGGCCCCUGGUCCACAAAGUGCGGAUUUCUGGACCCUUUGAGUGCCACCCGCGUGUGGUGCUUGUGGAUGCGCCGGGGGUGCAGGAUGCCAACUCCGCCCGAGCCUCCGUGGUGAAGCAGCUCCUCGAGGAGGCCAGCGGCGUGGUCAUCGUGUCGGCCAUCAAGCGCGCCGCCACGGAGAAGGUGGCUCAGGAGAUGCUGGGUGAGAGGUUCCGGAGGCAGAUGCUGAUGGAUGGCCACUAUGCCGGCAGCUUGGCUUUUGUCGCCACUUGCACCGAUGAGCUGACCCUGUCGGAGUUGCGGAAGAACCUGAAGAUAGGUGAUGAUGUACCUCAGCAAGAAGCCGCAAUGCUUCGCAACCAGAGGACAAAGGAGCGCAUCUUGGCCGACACCUUCGCGGGAAUACGGCGCAUUCAGGCUCAGAGCGACAGCGCCCGGAGCUCGAACGAGGAGCUCCGAGCCCGAGGCAUCUUCCCAGCAGUUUUCACCACCUCGGCCCGGGACUACCAGAAGUUGCGCGGCCUGCUGGACACGAAGGUGGAUGGCGCAGCUCGAAUCUGGAAGAACGUAGAGGACACGGAGAUUCCAGCCUUCCGAUUCUGGCUUCAUGCGCAAGGUCAGAAAGCGGACCUCACUGCCAUCGCGAAGGCUGAGGAGAAGAUGCAGGCAGUCGUACAGAAGCUCAAAGAGGCUUCUACAGGUUCUUCGCAGCCGAUGGAAGAUGGUCUCGUGCAGCGAUGGGCCGAGGAUGCGCGACACAGGAUCCAAGCGGUGAUGGAUGAGGCCAUCCGAAUUUGCAUGAAGCAGGCUCGGACGCAGCUGCAGAGCACCCUGUCGCUGCGCAUUCGUGUGGGCGAGAGGGAGGCUGCAGAGACUGCGGCGCAGACGUUUAAGGUGCGGUGCAGCCCUCAAGGCCAGGGGGGUCUUCACUGGGGCACCUUCAAAGCCACCUGCCGCCGCGAAGGUGAGUGGCGCGAGAGCUUCAACGAGCUCCUGGCAGAUCCGCUGAACCGCGCCAUCGCUGUGAAGUGGGAUGAGAUGCUGAACAGCUUCUUGCCCCAGUGUGUGCAAAACACACUGGACACCCUUUGCAGCGAGCUCCUUGAGCUUCAGAAGAAGCAUGACCUUCCUUGCCCGGCCUUUGAUGAGGCGGCUGAGUGGCUGAGGAGCCAGGGCCCGUCCAUGAAAUCUUCAGUGCAGAAACGCCAGAUGGAGCUGUCACGGCAAAUCAAGGACACCAUCCAGGCGCUCAUGAGGUCCAGCUACCACGAGGCUGCCGCCCAGAGUGGAGCUGGCACCGACGUCCGGCAGAAGCAGGUCAUCUACCGCCAGGUGACGCAGAACGGCGCGCCCAUGUUCAAGUCUGCCUCCUCCUUCCUGGAGGACGAACUGGGCCAGCUCAUGGCCACCCUCGAGAAGAAGUUGGCCACCUCCGUCAAAACUGCCAUCUCCCGCCUGGAACAGUCCAUGAUUCGCUUGUCAGCCCAGGGCAAGGAGAUGGAGGCCCUGCAGCGCCUGCGCCAAGCCUGCGCAGCUGCGGCCACGCGGGCUCUCGCCAGUGCCGGGGAGCGCCAGGUACUCCUGCAGAGGCUGAAGGAUCUGGUGGCUGAGAAGGAGGCGUGCACCCUGCCGACCCCGGCAGUGGAGAUCCCAACGGCGGCGGACACGGAUGCCGUGCCGAACGAGUUCAUCUGCCCCAUUUCACAGCAGGUCAUGGAGGACCCGGUGUUUACCGCAGACGGUCAGACCUAUGAGCGGGUGCAGAUUGAGAAGUGGCUUUCAUCCCACUCUACCUCGCCAAUCACAGGGAAGGAGCUCGAGCACAAGACCCUGGUGCCGAAUCACAGCCUCCGGAAGCUGAUCAUGGACUCGAGCCAUGCCAGCAAAUCGACCGCCACAGCCGCGGAGAAUGGUUCGACCGAUGGCCAUCGGGCCGGCGGCCAGGAGAUGGAGGAGGACGGCGUGGAAGCUGCAGAUGAUGGAGAAGGCUCUGACAUGGCUUCGAGUGACCUUGAGGCAAGCCUUGAAGCCAUCAUCACUGAGUUCAGAGAAGCCGAGGAGCCCGGUUCGAGUGGCGAGCCUGAGGAGCGGCUUUUUGGUUCUCCGGAUCCCUCUUCUGAGGAGGAGCCUGACGAGCCUGAGUGUGAUCUCUUUAGCUCCGACGAGGAGCUGCAGAACGAGUCCGGCUGCCCUUUGGAGAAGCCUGAGGGUGAUCUCUUUGGCUCCGACGAGGAGGAGGAAACGCCUGGCUGUUUGUUGGAACACGAGGUUGCUCCUUCUGAAGAUGAGCAUGAUCUCUGUGGCCCCCCCUCCGACGAGGAGCUUGGCUCGGAAGAAGAGCCCGAGCAGGAGUCUGGCAGUCUGAAGCCGAACGAGGCUGCCGAAGAUCCUGAAACGGACGGGCUUGAACAAGCUGCGCCUGAGCCAGAAGGGUCCAACGAGCGUCAGAAGGAUGGGCCAGACGACCGCUCGACUGUCAUGGGGUCGCUGCUGGGUGCAAUCUUCGGGACCCGGAGACGUGCGAGAUAG